AUGAGCAAGUGGCAGCAGGACGUGUUACUGUCGCGGGGAGAAGAAGUGCCUCAUCGCCGGCACGGACCCGACAGGCGGUGCAUCUUCCUGUAUGACCUCGAGGACUGGUCCAUCCGCGGCCUGGACCGCCCCCAACGAGCCGAAGGAGUGGAGAACCAUCUCCGUGGCCGCCGGCGACGCGCUCUACGUCAUGGACGAGAGGCAACUAGUACCAGACCACCGCAGCCGCGGCAGCGGCUUCGAGGCCCUCACCUACGACCUUACGUUUGCUCGCGCCUGGCUACCACCCCAUUCACAUCGGCACAUGCACGGUCAUCGCUGGCUCCAGCAUACUUCUGGAUAUCCACGCCAGGCGUCGGGACCUACUCCUUCGACACGGCGAGCAGCUUGUGGAUCAAGGCGGGCGACUGGGAGCUGCCGUUCCGCGGCUGCGCCGACUACUUCACUGAGUACGGCCUGUGGCUCGGCUUCUCGUCGCAGUGCAGCCUGCUCUGCUCGUCGGACCUCGCCGCCUCCCCUGCGCUGGCUGAGACGGCGAUACAGAACGUCUGAGAGGAUCUCCUCGCGCCGGGGGACUGGAUCCCGCAGAACUCGCAGCUGGUGCACCUGGGAUCCAGCAGGUUCUGCGUCUCCAAGUUCGUCGAGACGGAGUACAAAGUACCGAACACGGAGGGUGAAAUCUUGAGGCAAAACGAGAAGUUCGCCGUGCUCACUGGGUUGACGCCGGAGCCCACCGGGUUCGGCAAGGGGCCCCGGAUGAUGAAGCACAGGUCUCGACGUUACAAGUUGGAGGGCACGAUCAGAAAUUGGAUAUUUUGAGUUGCAGAACAAAUCAACCAACUCGAGUGAUCCAUCCUGUCAAUAUCCAUCAGUACCCUUUUGUGAAAUAUUUUGUUCAGUUUUCCUACGCUUUAAUAGACUGAAAACAACAUUCUUACACUCGACGUCGUCGUCGUCUUCUCCGGCGCGCUGCCAUGUCAGGGUUCGAGAGAGGGUUUAAGUUCCAGGGUUCUAGAGGUCCCUCGAGCUCAGAGGGAUGACCGAUGCAGCGACCGGACUAACGACGUGGCGGUGCAGCGAAACGACGGCGGCGGCAGUGGAGCCAGGGCAGUGGGCGCGGUGCCAGCUAGGUAGCUACGACUCGACAUCGUCGGGCUAGUGAGCCAGUCCGACGGCAGGAGCGUUGCCGAGGUGAAGGGCAGGGGAGCGCGCGAGCUGAAGCGAACAUGGCUGCAAAGAGAAGAGAGAAUCGUGCGAACGAUGUAAAGAUGAAAGGGUGGUGUUGUGCAAUUGGAAUAAAAUGUUUUGCUUGCCAGGAACCGAGACUAACUCAGUUAA